ACCGAAUACUAAUUUGCCGAUUUUGCCGACUAAAAUCAAAUCUCAAUACUCUCAGUUUCGGGGAAAAGUCGUGUUCGUGGCUCGUCGUCGCCGAAAUUUAAGUAAGUGCUGUAUUCCUAGACACUAUACCUAUACGUUUGUAAAUAACUAUAUCGGCUUCAAUAUGAUUGGAAUAUGGACUUUGUUACGUUUUAAAUCGACCAAUUGUAAAAAAGAUCUGGGCACAGUGUUUAAAAAGAUGAAUAAAGAUACCAAACAGUUAUUCGGCGAUCUGUUAGAAACGAACAAAACGCGAAAACACCGUUUGAAACUUGCAGACAAAAUCGUGGGCGACGAAAAGGAAAAAGAAAAUAAUUAUCUUAAUCGAUUGAAGUCACAGAUCAAACCGACGUUGGAAGAUGGUAUCAAUAGUAUGGUGAAUGAUUCAAAGCAGUAUUUAAACCAAGAAUACUACAGUAAGCUCACCGCCGAAUUGCCUUCCGAAAUGAUUAUUCACGAAACCCCCAAACGUGAUAUACCUUCAGUAACAAACAUUCUUAUUACCACAAUGUCAGAGAAGUCAAAAGCAGCUUUAGAAAAUUGGAAAAAGAGUAUGAUUGAAAAGCUGGGAGAAGACGGUUUUAAUAAAUAUAGCAGAGAACUAAUGGCCAUGGGAAGUGCUAUGCAUAGUAAAAUACAGUCGCAUUUAACCGGCUGCGAACCGGACGUAAGUCAUUACGUUGAAGUAGAAAACUGUUGGAAAAGUUUGGAUGCAGUUUUAAAAAACGUUUCGAAACCGAUUCUGGUGGAAAAAAUGGUCGUACACGACGGAUUGUCGUACAGAGGCAUCGUGGAUUGCGUUGCGUUUUACAAAGACACUCCUGUGGUAAUCGAAUGGAAAAAAUCGUCACGUGAUAAAUCGAGUUUGCAGUCGACGUACGACGCGCCUAUUCAAUUGGCAGCUUAUAUGGGAGCUGUGAAUAACGACAUUUCCUAUGACUUCAAGGUUGAAGAAGGAUUACUAGUCGUCGCGUAUAGUGACGGUCAUCCGGCCAAUGUCUUUAAACUGACAAAAGAAGCGUGUCUCGAUUAUUGGAAGAUUUGGGUGGGUAGACUGAAUAAAUACAAACAAAUUCAAAGUAGUUUUAAGUAAUUAUUGUUAUAGUUCAAUUAAUAUAA